AUGAGCAACAAUGAUGAGAUCUUGCUUGAUAUAGUGGAUCAAGAUGGCACGAGGUUCCACAUCACGACACUCUACCCUGUCGCACAAGCGUCUGUCAUCCAGUAUAAACCUCGCACCAGCACAUUCGACCAUGAUAGCAACUUUUUAUCCGACACACCGAAAAGCAUACACAUUUUCAAAUCGAGCGAGACUUUGCGACCGUGUUUGCACUUAUGCAAGAUUGACGUUGACGGCGAUGACACGUUUGAGCAAUUUGGUGUGGUUUUCCACUUUCAUGGGGAGUAUCAUGGAAUCUUCAAAGUGCCCGGCGUGGUGGAGAGGGCAAACUCUGAGUUUUACCCCAUGCGAAGUGAGCUGGACCUAGUCAAGGUUAUUGUGAGUGACGGCGCUGGGGUUGAAGUAGGUGGAGACGAUCGAGCUUGCGGUUUCUCGAUGAAACCGCCCAAGCGGACAGAUACAGCUGUGGACCCUGAGCCACUGCCGAACCUGAACUCACAGCUGAACUCGCUGCUCGACCCCGCCAAAUUUCUCAAGAGCAGAUACUUCAACUCAUUAUAUGCGCUAACCGAGCCACUUGCUUAUUUUUCCAAAACUGCCUUGACGAGGUUCCGCAACAUGUGCAAAGAUCAGAUCCACGUGGUUGAAAUACUACACAGUUUGGUCAUGACCAUUGAAGAGUUUGACAAGAGAUACGCAGCGGGCCCCGCUGUGCUCUUCCAUGAUUCUCCGAGGUCUGUGUUUGAAGUUCGAGAACUGGAGAAAUUGAAAAAGAAAAUCGGAGUAGCCACACAGGAAGACGCAAGUAAACUCGCUGGGCCCAUAGCGGAGCAGCUACAGAAGGUAGUUCUCGAGUUGAAAGUCAGAGAGGCGCAAUUGCAAGUGUUGAUCCUUUUGGAGUAUUUAAAAGAAACCGGAGUAGACGAGAAUGAGUUCUUAAGGGAAAACUCAAAAAAGGAAGUGAAGCUCAUCAAGAAGGCUCAAACGCGACAGAGGACUGCUUUGGUCAGGUCUAAGAAGCAGAGAGGGAAGAGGACAAGCACGAGCACGAGGACGAGGACUGAAAGAGAAGAUGACAGCAACGGUGCCAAGGAGUCAUCUCUAGAUGAAGAAUUCAAUCGAUUCACAUAUUUAAACAGACUUAUUGACCGGUUGAACUUGUGGGAAGUUUUACUUACCAACAAAUCGGGUAACAAUUCACGCUCCUUUAUGGCGUAUGUUUUGAUCCCGUAUUACCACCAGAAAUUGCCUGUGCUAUUGAAGCACAUAAUCGACAACAUGAAAACGAUCAAUAUGAAACUCGUUUCGAAAAAGAGGAACCCAUCUGAAUUUGAAGAAAAGAAACUGGAUGUUGCACUGAAAAACGUUUCAAUCGAAAGACCAGUUUUGAAGAAGAAAAGAGACAAACAAGAGGACGAUUCGUCGAUUGUAGAAGAGAUAUCAAUCAGAUCCAUCAAGCGCUCCAAAUCCAACCUUGGACAAUCCAAGGAUUUGAACAAAAGACAAGUCGAUUUAAAUAUCAAGCCGCCACCAAAAGAAAAAAGCAAAAUCGAGGACGGGGUCAUGCAUAUAUUUGCUCAAGCAAAAAGGAGCAAAAGCAUCAAUGUUCCACCAGCCAAGGUCAUCAGUACACCAGUCAAAAAUCGGUUGCAAACUCUAUCAUUCUCUCAAGUGGAAGCUACUCCCGCGGGACCUCGAAUAGAACAUGCCGACAUUUACACCCCGCGUGAUGGUGACAAUUCCAUUCUAUUGAGCUCGCCUGAUAAAUUCCUAAAGCCCAGAAGUCCCAACCAGAACAGGAUAUCUGAAAGGUUAAGAGAUGCCUCGAAUGACGAAGUUCUUGUACAUGCGACACCUCAAAAAGCACCACCUCCACCACCACCGUCAAAACUCAUAUCGACCCCGAGGCUGGCGAUCCAUUCGUCGUCGCCCGUUAGCAACAGUAACGGCAGGACCGUGCCGAAACCAGGUGAUCCCAACCCACUAGCAGAAUCGCCCAUGUAUAAAGCUUGCGAGAAUGCCGAUUUGUUCGAUUUGAACCAGGCAAACGACUCGGGUUACGAUUCGGAUGAAAUUCUCAACCCAAAGAAGAAAAUCAAACCUACAUAUUCCCGCAAAAAGUGA